CAUAAACACAAAAAACAAUAUAUAAUUUGUGACCUUUUAGUUUUUAGCAUUUUGGCACGUAGUCCACGUGAAAUCAAUAUUAACCACACCAUUGCUACUUCAACAGUAAUAUAAACUCAUCUCCUUCAUUCUCGGUUCCAGACCCCUCUCCCCACCACUAAUUCACAGAAUCUCCAUUCAUGGCUACCUCCACUGCAUUGAAUUUGAAUUGUGUGUCAAGAACCUCAGUUUCGAACAAUGGAGUGGCAGUUAACACCAGCAGGCGUGACGUUAAAGCGUCCGCGUUAAGAGUUGGAAAAACGCAGAUGGCGGUUCAUGAAGGACUUAGAGUUAUGUAUAACUCUAGGGUGAUAAAUGCAAACAGAAUACAAAAUGUGAAAUCAAGAAAAUUCGUUGUUUGUGGGUUAGGAAUGAAUUUAGUAUUCGUUGCAGCCGAAGUUGGUCCCUGGAGUAAAACCGGUGGACUUGGUGAUGUUGUUGGUGGACUCCCACCCGCCAUGGCUGCGAACGGGCAUCGUGUGAUGACGGUUGCACCUCGUUAUGAUCAGUAUAAGGAUGCUUGGGAUACCGAAGUAGAAAUCGAGCUCAAGGCUGGGGACAAAACGGAGAAAGUGAGAUUCUUCCAUUGCUAUAAGAGAGGUGUUGACAGAGUGUUUGUGGAUCACCCUAUGUUUCUUGAGAAGGUUUGGGGAAAGACUGCUUCAAAGGUUUAUGGACCAGUUGCUGGGAUAGACUACACAGAUAACCAAAUUAGAUUCAGCUUAUUAUGCCAGGCAGCUUUGGAAGCCCCGAGGGUGUUGAAUCUAAAUAGUAGUGAAUAUUUCUCAGGGCCCUAUGGGGAAGAUGUUGUGUUCAUUGCUAAUGAUUGGCAUACCGCGCUUCUUCCAUGCUACUUGAAAAGCAUGUAUCAGCCAAGAGGAUUGUAUGCGAGUGCUAAAGUUGCCUUCUGUAUCCACAACAUAGCUUACCAGGGCAGAUUUGCUUUUGCAGACUUUGAACUGCUUAAUCUUCCCGACGAGUUCAGAAGCUCUUUUGAUUUCAUCGACGGAUAUGAGAAACCAGUGAAGGGUAGAAAGAUUAACUGGAUGAAAGCAGGAAUACUCGAAUCAGACAAGAUCUUAACCGUUAGCCCUUACUAUGCCGAAGAGCUUGUUUCUGGUCCAGACAAAGGAGUGGAAUUAGACAAUAUCCUCAGGAAAACAACCGUUCAGGGAAUCGUGAACGGAAUGGAUGUUCAGGAAUGGAAUCCCAUGACUGAUAAAUUUACCAGUGUCAAAUUUGAUUCUACCACUGUAAUGAGUGCAAAACCACUUAUAAAAGAAGCCCUUCAAGCAGAAGUUGGAUUGCCUGUGGAUAAAAACAUUCCUGUCAUAGGAUUUAUAGGCAGGCUUGAAGAACAAAAGGGUUCAGACAUUCUUGCGGCAGCCAUCCCUGAAUUUAUAGGCGAGGACGUACAGAUAAUAGUUCUUGGGACGGGUAAAAAGGCGAUGGAGAAGCAACUGGAUGACUUAGAGGUAGAAUAUCCACUUAAGGCUAGAGGAGUGGCGAAAUUCAAUGUGAAACUGGCUCAUAUGAUCAUAGCGGGAGCUGAUUUUAUAAUAGUGCCUAGUAGAUUUGAGCCAUGCGGUCUCAUCCAGUUGCAAGCAAUGCCUUACGGAUGUGUGCCUAUUGUUGCAUCAACCGGAGGGUUGGUUGACACGGUGAAAGAAGGCUACACUGGAUUUCAAAUGGGAGCGUUUAACGUUGAGUGUGAAACAGUUGAUCCAGCAGAUGUAACUGCCAUUGCAACGACUGUUAAAAGGGCGUUAGCGGUUUAUGGUACUCCAGCCUUUUCAGAGAUGAUUCAAAACUGUAUGGGUCAAGAACUUUCUUGGAAGAAACCUGCAAAGAAGUGGGAAGAAGUGCUUUUGAGUUUGGGGGUGGAAGGUAGUGAGGCUGGAAUUGAGGGUGAAGAGAUUGCUCCUCUUGCCAAGGAAAAUGUGGCUACACCUUAAUAAAGCCAACACUUUUGUAUAAUUUUGAAACAUAAUAAUAGUAUAUAUGCAUGUUAUGCUAACCCAACCCACAAAGACAUUUGAACCUCAAAAUUUUCAUUGUGGCACAUGGUCAUUUUAUUUCUUGGCUAUAAUGUUUGGAGAUGAGGUUUCACUUUCCAUCUUCUUUUCCAUUGUUCAUAGCUCAUUAUUGUAAAAGGAACUCAUGAACCAAAGCUUUGAAUGAUGUCGAGAGCAAUACAA